CCGUGUGACUCAGUCAAUCACCGACCACGCCGCGAGCUUACCGCGUGCCGCGCUUUGUUCCGAUCAAUGACCUUACAAUCGCGGCAAUAUAAUGUGGAGUAAAAUUAUCAUAGUCUCGCUGCUCGCUAGCCAUGUGUGCGCGAUCAAUAUACUUGCCAUCGUUUCUAUUCCGCUCAAAAGUCAUUACAUGGCUUUCAAGCCAUUAUUCCGCGAAUUUGCAAAGAGAGGACACAAUGUCACGGUAAUCAAUCAUUUUCCUGAUGAGGAGCCCUUGAAGAACCUGAGAUUUGUCGAUAUCAACGGAAAUUAUACGAAUAUAUCGAAAACCUCCACACUAGAGAGCUACGAAAAUGCGUACGCCUCAUUGGUACCGGUGUCUAACUUUUGGCAUCAUUUGGUGUUGGCGCCGAAGCGGGUCCGUGAGGAGUGUGACAAUUUGUUUUUGAAUGAAAACGCGUCAGCUCAUUUAGCUGAAGGGAAUAAAUACGAUGUUGUGUUUGUGGAGCAAUUUUUGGGGGACUGCGGGCUGGUGUACGCAGCGACUCAGUUCGACGCGCCCAUCAUUGGGAUAACGUCGCACGUGCUGUUGCCGUGGGCAUACCGGCGGCUGGGGAUUCCUUUCAACCCUGCGACGGAUGCGUUUUAUUUCUUAUACGGGGGUUCUAACCCGUCUCUACUUAACAAGGUUCAGGCCACAAUCGGGUACUUUGUUUUCAAUGUGCUGUUCAACUGGCACAGGCAGCAGUGUAUGUAUGACGCGAUGAGGUACCACCAGCCGCAGCUGUCGUUCGACUUCGAGAGCCUGGUGAUGGAGCGGACGAAGAUGAUGUUCUCGUACCAGCACCACUCGAUAACCGGCGCGCGGCUGCUGGCGCCCCAGCUGUUGGAGAUUGCUGGCGCUCACAUAUCCAAGCCUAAACCUGUACCGAAGGACAUCGAGGACUUCCUCGCCACAGCCGAGCACGGGGCAAUCUACAUUAGCUUCGGCUCGAAUCUGAGGCUGAGCACGAUGUCCCCUCACAAAAUGGACCAGUUCCUGGGAGCCCUCAAGAGGAUCCCGCAGAAAGUCCUCUGGAAGUGGGAGAACGACACCUUCCCGGCGGGACACGAUAAUAUCCUGGCCAAGAAAUGGUUUUCACAAGUCGACGUUUUGUGUCAUCCGAAAGUCCUGGCUUUCGUGUCCCACGGCGGCAUGCUGAGUUACUCGGAAGCCGCCUACUGCGGGACGCCGCUGAUCGCUGUCCCGUUCUUCGGGGACCAGUUCUCGAAUGCAGCGGCCAUUAAAGAGUCUGGCAUGGGCACAUACAUCUUCUUCCAAGACCUCACGGAGGAAUCUUUAUAUGAAGCAUUGAUGAAGCUGACGUCAGACGAGAUGCAACAAAGUGCGCAAAGGGUCUCCAAACUCUUCCACGACCGGCCCAUGCCAGUCUUGGAUAGCGCCAUCUACUGGACGGAGUACGUAGCGCGACACCGCGCCUCCCCACCUUCUCUCCCUGCUACCCGCAGCGCGUGGUUCGAGACUCUGCUACUAGAUGUCGCCUGUUUCCUCAUUGCGAUUUUUGCACUAUUUGUUUGGCUGUGCUCUCUUGUUUUCAAAAUGCUCAAAUAUAUUUUACGUAAGACUUUAGGUAAACUUUUAUGUCGACAAGUCGAGCCUAAAGCUAAAAGUCGAAAAGUUAAAGCUCAAUGAGAAUUCCAAUAGCAUUAAUUAAUGUAAUUAUAAUGUUAAGUAUUAAUUUUCAGUUGACAAUAAUGUAUUACGAGUAUGAAUCAUAAUUUUAAGUAGAAGCUUUAAUUUUUAUCAAACAAUAAAUUGUUCUGUUUAAUAUUUAUUUUACUACAAUCACUUUCUGUAUCUGCUGUACAUAAUAAAUAAUGUGUUGUGUUAUUUAUGUAGGUAAGAUAAGUAAUAAAUAGGGUCAAUAAAAUAAACCAAUCAUUACAAGUUAUAA